AUGAACAGAAAGGUAAAGGUAAUGCAGCGGGCAGUGACGUCAGGAGUUUCGCGCAUCGGAGCUGUGGCUGCUGGUGUUGCUGUAGCCGGUGGAGGUUUGAUCUAUGCUUUGGAGAAUUCUGUCCAUGCCAGCAGCGAUGCAGUUCAUCCAUACAGUUUACCAUGGCCGCACCGUGGAAACUUCUCUUCUUUUGACAUUGCUUCGGUUCGACGAGGUUACGAGGUUUAUAAACAAGUGUGUGCUGCAUGUCACUCAAUGAAGUUCAUUCACUAUCGACACUUUGUCGAUACCAUAAUGACAGAGGAAGAGGCAAAAGCAGAAGCUGCUGAAGCACUCAUCAAGGAUGUAGAUGAUAAAGGGAAUCCAAUUCAAAGGCCAGGAAUCCUUACGGAUAAGCUUCCUGAUCCUUAUCCAAAUAAAAAGGCAGCUGCUGCUGCUAAUAAUGGUGCUGCACCCCCCGAUCUUUCUUUGAUGUCUCUAGCCAGACAUGGUGGUGAUGACUACAUUUUCGCCUUGUUAACCGGGUACUUCGAUCCUCCGGCGGGUAUUAAGGUUGACGAUGGUAAAGCGUAUAAUCCUUACUUCCCUGGCGGAGUGAUCUCAAUGCCACAACAACUGUACGAUGAAGGCAUCGAUUAUAAGGAUGGUACUCCAGCUACUCAAUCACAACAAGCUAAAGAUGUCGCUACAUUCAUGCAUUGGUGUGCUGAGCCGUUCCAUGAUACACGAAAGAAAUGGGCAUUGAAGAUACUUCUGUUGACACCAUUCGUGACUGCUGUCUUGAUCUUUGGAAAACGGUAUGUGUGGACGUUUACGAAGUCACAAAAGAUCAUCUUCAAAUCAGUGAAAGGACGUGAACCUCCAAAGACUCAAUGA